CGACUUCCUCGUGAUAUUUGUGAGUGAAAUGACAGCAGCGAGGUGACGCGUUGACAUCCUUCCUGUGACGUCUGUAAUGACACGUGUAGUCAAGAUGGCGGCGGCGAUGGAGAUGUGGGCACUGUUACUGGUGUCCACGCUGCCUUUAGUAACACCCUUUUACGUACCAGGGGUUGCGCCCAUGAAUUUCCACCAGAACAGCCCAGUUGAAAUAAAGGCUGUAAAAUUGACAAGCUCUAGAACACAGUUGCCCUAUGAGUACUAUUCACUUCCCUUCUGCAAGCCUUUAAACAUCGUCUACAAAGCGGAGAACCUCGGUGAGGUGUUGCGAGGAGACCGUAUCGUAAACACGCUGUACACUGUCCUCAUGAACCUGGACAAGAAGUGUGAGGUGUUGUGUAAAAAGCCUGAUGAUCCCAUCAAACUCAGCGUGGAUGAGAGCAAGCUGCUUGCUGAGCGUAUUCAAGAAGAGUAUUACGUCCACCUUAUUGCAGAUAACCUCCCUGUGGCCACACGGUUAGAGCUUUACCCAAACAAAGAGGAGGGAACGGAAGAGGAACAGAGGAAGGACACGCUGAAGGAUAUCCAGUUUGAGCAUGGCUACAGGCUCGGCUUCACUGAAAACAACAAGUUCUAUUUGCACAACCACCUGUCAUUCAUCCUGUACUACCACAAAGAAAAGGUGGAGGAGGAUGUCGAACACAAUUACAGAGUCGUACGUUUCGAGGUGAUGCCAAAGAGUGUCAAAUUGGAAGAUAUAAAAGCAGACGAGCGAAACACAUGCACAUUACCUGAAACGGUUGCCCCUGUCCCUCAGGAGAUCGACCCGACUAAAGAGAACAGCAUUCUCUUCACCUACUCUGUGCACUGGGAGGAGAGUGAAGUGAAAUGGGCGUCUCGCUGGGACACGUACCUCACCAUGAGCGACGUGCAGAUCCACUGGUUCUCAAUCGUUAACUCUGUAGUCGUGGUGUUCUUUCUGUCGGGCAUCCUGAGUAUGAUCAUCAUAAGGACGCUGAGGAAGGACAUCGCCAACUACAACAGAGAAGAUGACAUUGAAGACACAAUGGAGGAAUCUGGUUGGAAGAAUGUCCAUGGUGACGUGUUCCGCCCACCUCAGUAUCCCAUGAUUCUUAGCUCCUUGUUGGGAUCUGGCAUCCAGCUCUUCUGUAUGAUUCUCAUUGUUAUCUUUGUGGCUAUGCUGGGGAUGUUGUCUCCAUCGAGUCGAGGAGCUCUGAUGACAACAGCCUGCUUCCUUUUCAUGUUCAUGGGUUUGUUUGGAGGAUACUUUGCAGGAAGACUUUACCGCACUCUUAAAGGCCACAGAUGGAAGAAAGGCGCUUUCUGUACUGCAACUCUGUACCCAGCUGUUGUCUUUGGCAUCUGUUUUGUUUUGAACUGUUUCAUCUGGGGAGAACACUCUUCUGGUGCUGUUCCUUUCACUACAAUGCUGGCUCUGUUGUGUAUGUGGUUUGGUAUUUCUAUGCCUCUCGUGUAUCUGGGCUACUAUUUCGGUUUCCGGAAACAACCGUAUGACAAUCCAGUGCGUACCAAUCAGAUUCCCCGGCAGGUCCCUGAACAACGCUGGUACAUGAACAAGUUUGUCGGUAUCCUGAUGGCGGGAAUCCUGCCGUUCGGUGCCAUGUUUAUCGAGCUCUUCUUCAUCUUUAGUGCGAUCUGGGAAAACCAGUUUUAUUACCUGUUUGGCUUCCUCUUCCUUGUCUUCAUCAUUCUUGUGGUUUCCUGCUCUCAAAUCAGCAUUGUGAUGGUGUACUUCCAGCUUUGUGCCGAGGACUAUCGGUGGUGGUGGAGGACAUUUCUCGUGUCUGGAGGAUCUGCCUUUUAUGUCUUAGUCUACGCUGUUUUCUAUUUUGUCAACAAGUUGGACAUCGUGGAGUUCAUUCCCUCUCUAUUGUAUUUUGGAUACACAACCCUGAUGGUUUUGUCUUUCUGGCUGCUAACGGGAACAAUCGGCUUCUACGCCGCUUACGUGUUCAUAAGGAAAAUUUAUGCUGCGGUCAAAAUCGACUGAAGAUUCUUUGUUUUCGUUUCCUUUUUUUCUGUUUUGUGAAGCAAGCACUGAGGUGUGAAUUGCUGGCGUGAGGCGCAGCAGCGCCCCCCUAUGAACUGGAGGAAUGAACAGAGAUGUGUUUUGUAUACCGUUAUCAAAACCUUUCUGUCCUGCUAUCUCUGCCUCAGCAAAGAUGUAAAGAAACAACAUGAACAGUUCCAUUUUUAAUGUCUGUAUAUCUUUUUGCACACACAACAUGGGCCAAAGUGUGUCGAUUUGACUUUUUUUUUUUUUUUUUUUUUUUUUUCUUUGUUUGGGUGGGGAUGUUGGAUUUUUUUGGGCUGGGUCUCAUGCUUUUGAAGACAUUGAGGGUUAGUUGCAUAUACCAUUUUACAAAUUAACUUUGUGUCCUUUUAAUAUAACAUUUGAUUUCAACUUGUUCCUAUGUCUUUGAUUCAGAACUGAGUUCUUGAAUGCCUGUCUUGUUGAGGGGUGUGUGUGUGUGUGUGUGUGUGUGUGUGUGUGUGUGUGUGUGUGUGUGUGUGUGUGUGUGUGAGAAUGUGUGGUCACUCUGUGGUCAUUAUAUGUUGGCAUGGACUGAAAUUAUGGGAUGUAAAGACAUGAUGAGGCAAGGACAUUAAAAAAGUAGAUUUCCUUCUGUUUCCUUGUGCUUGCUGGUCAUUGGACCUAAAAGACUCUUAUAACGAUGCAGUAUCGCUUUGUUUGUUUGUUUGUUCUUUGCCAUCAAGAGAAAGUCCUGUUUUUCAGUAUCACACACAUUUGAUAUUUCACAUUAGAGAAGCCAUUUUUCUCUUAAAAAAACCUUUUCAGCCAUGUAUUGACUUCACUUGUUAACUAUUGCUGUAGCCAAAACUAGAUGCAUCUUGGUGGAUUUACCUCAAAAUUCAAGGGUAUCAACAGAAAUGUGCGCAACGGCCAGCAGGUAGCGACAUAUUUGCUUACGUUCAUGGUACUUUUUAGAUUUUAACUUUAAAAUGAUUGCCAUUUUUAGCUCUCUCAAAACACAAGCUACAACAUUUGGAUCCUAAUUAUUACUCCUGAGCCCUAAAAGGAAGCAGAUGCAGGAUUCAGUAGUUUAAAACACUAUAGCAAAAAAAAAAAAAAAAAAAUGUCUGCUUUUGGACCGCUCUGUAUUUCCUGAUGUUGUCUUUACAGGUGACUUUAUGAAUAAAUGCAAGAUCUACAGAA